AUGUUGCGCAGCAUCAACUGGCUCUUAUGCAGCCUCCUGAGCGCCACCCUUGUGCGUUCGGUUGAGUUGUCCGGCCAUGCACAGUCUCUAUUCGACCAAUCCAUGUCCUUUCAGGACCAGAUCUACGAUCCUGACGUUUCAUAUCUACGUUACUUCUAUUAUCCCCUCGCUGCUGGUCCUCACGAGACCCGAUCAACAGUUUGGUAUUCCCUUGGACUCCUUCAACGAAACCAAGGAGAUGAUGUGAAAGAGGCAAUAAAGAUCCUUGAGAAUGUCAUUGGUGAUCAAGAGAAAAACGCAUCGGUGCUGUGGUAUGGUGACUAUACAGUGUAUCCCGAGCAGCCCACUGUCGGAAGUCCUAGUUAUGAUCCAGUUAUCUACAAUUCCUGGGACCCCAACUGGAGAGGCUUCAUUGGUACAGCUUUGAUUAUUAUCUAUGAGGAGUUCAGAAGCUUGCUACCACCUGAUGUGCAAAAUAUGGUCCUCGAAAGCAUAUAUAACAGCGCCGUCGGCGACACUUACCGCGUUGGUGGUGUCGAUGAUGACAAUCUGUAUCCCGCAUACUCCAACGCCUGGUUAAUGAGAACUGUUGCUAGUUCCUGGACUGGUCUGAAAAUGAACGAUUCAAAUAUGACCACCUCAGGGGACAGAUGGGCCCAGGAAUUCCUAGACCUUUUUGACUUCAACAACACUCUCUCUGAAUUCAACGGUCCAACCUAUGCCGGUGUCUCGCUUUACGCGCUCACCAUCGCGGCCAAAUAUUUAAACUCUACGGGGUCAGUUAUUGGUCAAAAUGCCGAACGCGUGAUCCAGAGUAUCUGGGAUUACGAGUCCUUGCUAUGGAACCCUAACAUGCGAAACUUUGCCGGUCCCUGGGAUCGCUCCUACGGCUACGAUAUGAACAACUAUGUAGCCAUCAUGUCGGAAUGGAUCUGGGCCUUGAUCGGAAAGGAUCAUGUCUGGCGCUACAAGUCUCCUAUCGCUACCAUGACACAUGCCGAUGACUUCCAAUUAGCACCAGUCAUCGCCGUACUCUCCGAUUUCCACAAGACUCUUGUCUCAAAGACUGUCAUCUCCCGACUUAAGUCUUUCGUUGGCGAGCAUAUCUAUAGCGGACAUACGUAUGCUCCUCCCGCAGACUACGAGCCUCGCAACAUUACCACCUGGCUGUCCCCACGACUAACAAUCGGCACCGACUCAUUCAAUCAAAGUGUUAUCGGCGGUUAUUCCAAAGACUCGACUUCCUUCAGCCCUUCUGUCGUACAGUGGAUACGCCCAGGUGGAUCAAUUGGAUAUUUCAACUUGUACUCGACACAAACAGCGUUGAAGGCAGACGUUGCUCCGUACGCUUUGAAUUUGACUUAUCCUCUCGGCAACGCUACUAGUAGCUUCACUUUUAUUCUCGCUACGAAUCCGUUAGGCGCGAAGCGAGAUAUUUCUGGUCUGGGGGAUGUCGACGGUUUGAAGAUUGAAGUUGUGGGCGGCAGCGUUAACCCAGUGCCUGAAGUAUCUUUCUGUGGUUUGGUUGGAGGAACAUGCAAUAUCAUUCAUGAAUUCGAGCAUUGGAACUUGACAUUCACCAUGCCGGCAAAUAGUUCGGACGUUCCAAGCAUUCAUUUCAAGUUCGCACUUGAGUGA